CGUUGUUGUGUGAAGAAGUAAACUUACAAGCAUUUUUUUUCUCAACCAUAUCAUUUGACGUUUUCGAACGCUGUUGUUUAUGGCACAGACGAAAAAAAGUAAUUCAAAUAUUUGUUCUAGAAAUUAUGUGAUUUGUUGAAAUCCGAUAUUUUUUAAUAUGUUACGCACUUUAAGUGGUAGAUUAUUUACAAAACAUCAUGGUAAACCAAUUGUACAACGCUUUCUUUCUCAUUAUCCGAUUGACGAAUCAAUAUUUGGGUUGAAUGACGAUCAAAUCAAACUGCGCGAAACUAUUUUUAAUUUUGCACAAAAAGAAUUGGCACCGCAUGCACAGGCCAUCGAUCAGAAAAAUGAAUUCAAAGAUUUACGGUCAUUUUGGCGAAAAUUGGGAGAUUUGGGUGCACUUGGUAUUACAGCAGCGUCAGAAUAUGGCGGAACUGACGCACAAUAUUUAGAUCACGUCAUUAUUAUGGAAGAAUUAUCGAGAGCAUGUGGUAGUAUUGCUUUGUCGUAUGGAGCUCACUCAAAUCUCUGUGUUAAUCAAAUUAAUCGAAACGGUACAGAGGAACAAAAAAGUAAAUAUUUACCCAAACUAUGCAACGGAGAGCAUAUAGGUGCUUUGGCUAUGUCAGAAUCGGGUUCCGGCAGUGAUGUGGUAUCAAUGAGACUUCGGGCCGAGAAGAAAGGCGACUAUUAUGUGUUUAACGGUUCAAAAUGUUGGAUUACAAAUGGUCCGGAUGCUGAUACGUUGGUUGUUUAUGCUCGAACCGAACCAAAUGCAAAGCCACAGCAUGGAAUAACAGCGUUUAUCGUCGAAAGAGGAUUCGAAGGCUUCAGCAAUGGUCCAAAAUUUGAUAAAUUGGGAAUGAGAGGAAGUAAUACGUCAGAAUUGAUUUUUGACAAUUGCAAAGUGCCAAGUAAAAAUAUUCUUGGUGAACUAAACAAAGGGGUGUACGUUUUAAUGUCAGGAUUGGACUAUGAGCGGCUAGUACUGGCUGCAGGACCCGUUGGUCUUAUGCAAAGUGCUUGUGAUGUAGCAUUUGAUUAUGCACAUCAACGCAAACAAUUCGAUAAACCAAUCGGCGAACAGCAAUUGAUUCAAGGAAAAUUGGCUGAUAUGUACACAACAUUGAAUGCAUGUCGAUCGUAUCUGUAUGGUGUUGCACGGGGAACUGAUCAAGGAAAAGCAAAUUCAAAAGAUUGUGCUGGUGUGAUUUUGUACUGUGCUGAAGCGGCAACAAAACUGGGGCUCGAUGCCAUCCAAAUUCUUGGUGGCAAUGGGUAUAUUAAUGAAUAUAGUGCCGGUCGUAUUAUGCGAGAUGCUAAACUAUAUGAAAUUGGUGCCGGUACCUCGGAGAUUCGGCGUAUGCUCAUCGGCCGAGCUCUGAAUAAAGAAUAUGAGGAUUAAUUCUAUUUGAAAUUUAAUUAUUUUGUAAUAAAAUUUAUUAAAAGUAAAUAA